AUGAAUUGGUUUUCUCAAAAUCCUCCGCCUGCACAUCUCUUUUUGAUAUCGGCUGAUAAGGACUUUGCUGCAAUGUUACAUCAGUUAAAGAAUGCAAAAUUACAAUAUAUUGCUUGCUACCUCGAGGGAUGCUCCUCGUGCCUCUUCAGUGCAGCAACUAUAACAUGGCAAUGGUCUUCAUUAGUAAAAGGGAAAAAUCUUUCUGGAAAACAUUUUAACCAUCCUCCUGAUGGUUCUUGGUGUGGAGAUUAUAAGGUGAUUCUUAAAAACCCGGUCUCAGAUGUUGAGAAGUCUUCGUCUUCACAAAUAGUGGAUAUAUAUGAACCUUCCGAAGAUAUACACACUGAUCCAAAAGAAGUUGUAAUACAGAUUUGCCAUGUAUUGAGAUCAUAUCCGCUAGGAAUCUCAACGGUAGAUCUUUGUGCAGAGUUGAAGAAACGUAAAGUGUAUUUUGAAUCAGUAAGAUCUUAUAUUAAGAUUGAGAUUGAUGAGAAGGAAUCUACAGCAACCCCAAAUCUAAAUGGUGAGGAUAAAAACAAGGCUAGACAAGAAAAUGUGUCUCGGACCCCAAACGUGUUGCAGAAAUUUUCUGUGUGUAGUGGGAAGGUUAUUGAUGAAGUUUGUCAAAACUCAUAUUCUUUACCAGUCGAUGACUCUAUGCCUGAUAAAAUGCCUAGUAGAAGUGAUAAAACAUAUAGGAAUGGUCCUUCAUUCUUUGGUUGGAUCAGAAGCUGGGUGCAAUUUUGGAAAGUCCAGAUUGUGAAUGAUUUUAAAGAACGCAAGUUAUCAGGACUAGACCAGCCUGAGUUUUUACCUGGCAAUUCCUUUUGGGAUGACAUGGAAACUUUUAUUUUCACGCUCAAAGGAUCAUUUAUUGUUUCCCAGGAGGAUAUGAUGCAUAAAUUGCAAAAGUAUGGACCCCAGUUUUUAGAACUCUCGUCUCCUUGGAGAAGAUAUUGUUCAAUUGGUGGAACUGUUAAUAUCAGAGAAAAGGUAUUUCCAUUUGGUUUCGUACCUUUGAAGACCUUACCUGAUGGGCACAUUGAUCUAACGGCCUUCUGUGAGGAUCAACAUUUGGAAGACAGUCUGAUCCAAGAUAUACAACGUAUUUUAGAGAGAGAACAGAAGAAUGAGGAGGCUCAAUUUCACGUGAAAGAGGUUCAGUAUAUCCGUGCAAAGGUGAAGAUCAUAAAGUGUUUAGUCGAAAACUUUGUAGUUGACAUAUCUUUCAACCAGAUUAGUGGUUUGGGUACACUUGUUUUAUUGAGGAGGUGA